AACAGUGUCCCAAGUGGGAGCCCGUUGCUGAUUGGUGGUGUUGGUAAUUAAAAUCUUAAUUUUGCUGCUGCGACAUUAAACAAAUAUUAAUGGGUCAAACUUUUUUCUUACUGAACAACAGUCUUGUAGGGUUCCUCAAAUUGGACACCAUUAUUUAUUCCCAGCUAAGCAUAAACAAAGGUUAAAAACAAAAAACCCCAGUCUGUUAAACUCAGUGAAUGUCUGAUUCCUCAUUGUCAAGACUCAGAAAAGAGCACCAACCAAAUCUAUCACUCACCCAUCUCCAGCUAACACUCUCUUCGGUUUCAGUAGUUCAGAUUUGUUAGUGUACACCAAAAGAUAUUAUGGGUUUGCUAGGGUUUUAGGGAAAGAUCAGAUUUUUAAUUUUUCUUGCUAAUGGAGUUGAAGAAGGAGAAGCUUGUAAUGUUUUAUUCUGAUGGAAAACAUGACAAAGAAAUCCUGUGGGGAAAAAAUGACCCGAUACGCUUAGAAAAGUCAUCUUCUGUUGAUAAGGUCUCAUCUUCAUUGCUAAAAGCAGACAAUAUGAUUGUGGGUGGUAGAAAUAAACUCAAUGGAAAUUCCGAAAUUGGAAGGUCUAAGGUGUUUCCAGAGGACCUUGCCCCAUGGCGUCAGAGAAUACUUGACCCUGGAAGUGAUAUUGUAUUGCGAUGGAACAAGAUUUUCCUUUUCUCAUGCUUGAUGGCACUUUUUGUUGAUCCGUUGUAUUUUUACUUGCCCACUGUUGGAGGGGCAGGGGAAUCUUCAUGUGUGAAUACAGACUUUAAGUUGAGAAUUGUUGUGACCUUUUUUCGGACUAUUGCGGAUCUUUUUUAUUGGUUGCACAUGCUUAUAAAGUUUAGGACUGCUUAUGUUGCACCAAGCUCUCGCGUCUUUGGAAGGGGUGAACUCGUCAUGGACCCAAAGAAGAUUGCAAGGAGAUAUAUUAGGUCUGACUUCUUCAUUGAUCUCAUUGCUACUCUGCCUCUCCCUCAGAUUGUCAUAUGGUUCGUUAUACCAGCAACAAGAAGCUCUCGAACUGAUCAUAAGAACAAUGCCCUUGCUUUAAUUGUUCUGCUACAAUAUGUUCCCAGAUUAUAUCUCAUUUUUCCAUUGAGCUCAGAAAUUAUUAAAGCAACUGGAGUGGUUACCAGGACAGCUUGGGCUGGGGCUGCAUAUAAUCUGCUACUAUACAUGUUGGCCAGCCAUGUUUUAGGGGCUUCAUGGUAUUUGCUAUCAAUUGAUAGGUAUACGUCAUGCUGGAAAUCACAAUGUAGAAAAGAAAAUAGUCCUGUCAAAUGCUUGCUCGCUUAUCUGGAUUGUGAUACUUUUAACGAUGGCGAACACAAGGCCUGGGCAAGGGGUACAAGUGUUUUCAAGAACUGUGAUCCUGAUAAUGACAUAGAGUUCAAAUAUGGCAUAUUUGAAAAUGCAGUUAAAAAAAAUGUCGUAUCCUCCAACUUUAUUGAGAAGUAUUUGUAUUGCUUGUGGUGGGGUUUACAGCAGCUAAGUUCAUAUGGACAGAAUUUGUCAACUAGCACAUUUAUUGGGGAGACAUCAUUUGCCGUACUCAUUUCAAUCUUGGGUCUUGUUUUAUUUGCCCAUUUGAUUGGCAAUAUGCAGACAUAUCUUCAAUCUCUCACUGUGAGACUGGAAGAAUGGAGACUCAAGCGAAGAGAUACUGAGGAAUGGAUGAAGCAUCGCCAACUCCCUGAAGAUCUGAGGAAACGGGUUCGACGUUUUGUUCAAUACAAGUGGCUUGCAACUCGAGGAGUCAAUGAAGAAUCCAUACUACGUGGCCUACCUGCUGAUCUUAGACGUGAUAUCCAGCGCCACCUAUGUUUGGACCUUGUUCGACGUGUGCCCUUUUUCUCACAGAUGGAUGAUCAACUGCUUGAUGCAAUAUGUGAGCGUCUAGUUUCUUCCCUGAGCACUGAAGGCACGUAUAUUGUUCGUGAGGGUGAUCCUGUGACAGAAAUGUUAUUUGUUAUUAGAGGCAAACUGGAGAGUUCCACUACCAACGGUGGCAGGACAGGUUUCUUUAAUUCUAUCAUGCUGAAACCUGGGGAUUUUUGUGGAGAGGAGCUACUUUCAUGGGCUUUGCAUCCAAAAUCAUCCCUCAACUUGCCAUCAUCAACACGAACAGUCAAGGCUCUAAAUGAAGUUGAAGCUUUUGUAUUGAGAGCAGAAGAUCUCAAGUUUGUUGCCAACCAAUUUAGACGCCUCCAUAGCAAGAGGCUGCAGCAUACAUUCCGAUAUCAUUCACAUCAUUGGAGGACAUGGGCAGCCUGCUUCAUACAGGCUGCUUGGCGUCGGCACAAGAAAAGGAUGGUGGAAAACAAUCUCACCAUGUCAGAAUCCUUUGCAUUGAAUGAGAGAGAGGCUACUGAACCUGAGGAAGAGGAUGAGGCUCAUUUUUCAGAUCGUUCAAAUCCUUCCCAGGCAAAACUGAACCUUGGGGUCACAAUACUAGCUUCCAGAUUCGCUGCCAACACAAGGAGAGGUGCUCAAAAGAUCAAGGAUGUUGAGAUGCCAAAACUACCGAAGCCCGAGGAACCUGACUUUUCAUCUGACGUUGAUUAGUGUUUGAAGCAGUCUAAUAUAUGAUACCAACUAGUGUCUCUACUAUGGUCAAAUUAGUUUCAGAUGCUUGUCAGAGAACUUUCCACCUGAUGGAAUCCAAGGUCUCACUCGUACGUGAGGGAGGAGACCAGUGGGGUGGGAUUGGAUUUUCUAGAAUUGGUCCGGUAAUUGUAUAUUUUAUUUAGAUUAUGCCCUCAUCAGAGGUGAUUAAUGAGCCAUGGAAUUUGCUUGCUCUAGCUAUCUUUCAAAUUGGUCCUUGUAUCCAUUUGGCUGUACCAUGGAUUGCAAAAUACACGGACUUAAGCUUGUAUCAUUUGUAUAUUUGACCACAUCCUCUUGAGUAUAAUUAAAUAUGGUCAGGUAAAUGCCA